ACGCUCGUUAUUUACCAACAAUGUUGUCGCCAAAGUCAGUUUUAAUUACUGGUUCUAAUAGAGGAAUUGGUUUGGAGUUUGUCAGGCAGUUUUUAAAAUUUGUGGAUCCACCAAAAUACAUCUUGGCAUGUUGCAGAUUUCCAGAAAAAGCGUCGAAGUUGACUGAAAUUGCGCAAACUAGUCCAUAUGUACAUGUUAUCAAGCUAGAUGCGGCAGAUCAGAGGUCUAUGAAGAAUGCUAAGGCAGUGGUAGCAUCUGUUGUAGAAGAUAAUGGAAUAAACCUUCUCAUAAAUAAUGCAGGAAUCUACAGAGCUGAUGCUGAUAUUUAUAAUACUUCAUGGGAAGAGAUGAGAAGAAAUUUUGAUGUGAAUGCAAUUGGUCCAUUGAUGAUUAGUCGGGCUGCUCAAAACAUGAUUACAUUAUGUUUGAGCGUAGAUCUAAAAGCUGAUGGCAUCCUUUGCGCCGCUGUACAUCCCGGAUGGGUGAAAACGAAUAUGGGAGGACCGAAUGCCAAAAUAAGCGCGGAGGAAAGUGUCUCUGGAGUAUUCACCAUCUUGAGAAAACUGCAAGGAGAAGAAAAAUCUGGAAAAUAUUAUGAUUCAACAACAGGAAAAGUAUUUGGGUGGUAGGUCAUGCAGUUAACGAAGGGAGAGUUAUGUACGAUAGAUCGUCGAACAUGUAUACGUUUUAUAAUGCUUGGACGAACAAUACUAUUUGUUUCCUAUGACGCUACGUACACACAAAAAUGAUCCGCAUGUAUAUAUGAAAGCAUGAGCAUUCUUUUAGAACAUGUGGUUCUGGGUGUGUUACUGAUGAAUAACUGAAAUUACUACAUAUGGCUGAGAAAGUUGUGUUAUUAUAAAGAUACAGAUUGAUGGUCUAUCACGCAUUUGAAUUAAGAAAUAAUUUAUAGCAAAACACUGCUUUAUCAUUAUUUAUACACGAUGGGCGGUUAUACGUCGGGCGUAAUAAUUUCACGAGGAAUUAUUUAGAAUUGUUUACAAAUUUCCAAUAAGCAUACAAUUCCAUUCAAAUCAACAUAUAUUUAUAAUUCUAAUAUGACUAACAAUGCUUUAAUCGUCACAACGAUGUUAUGAUUCCCUGCCUAAACAGCCUUUAAUUAUACGAGUUACGUGUGCAGAAAUAGAGGAUUGUACGUGGGUUAUUUUUAUAAUCAGAAUAAAAAAGUCAGAGGCUCUGUCGAACAUCAUUUUUAUCCAACAAGUUUAGUAAAUUCAUUAUGGAAAGACAACCAUGUUUAUGUUAUAUUCUUUAUAUAACAUACUAACUUUUUCGGUUUUAGCAAUAAAAUCUCUUCUUUCAUGACCUAUUAGAGAUAAAGUAAAUUGACCACCUUUAAUAUGAAAAAAUAUGGCAUUGCGUUAUUUUACUCGCUCAACGCAAAAUAUAUGACAAACAAAGAUAUUUUUUAGGUUUUCUUUGUUACACGGAAAAGAACGCUUUUCACUUGAUUUAAGAUUUUAAUUUUAAACAAUUCUUCCUCGUACCCUUGCACUGACUGUGCAUCUUCUAAUAAUACCUCAAAGCGGGAUUAAGCAGUAAACGAAGAUAGACACGGAUAGAAAAGAUUUGAUUGUGAUAUUUUUGAUGAGUACUCAUGUACUUUUAAAUAUACUAAGUAAUCAAACAGAAUCUUAAAGUAUGUUUCAUUUCCCCUUUGAAUAAAUGUUUAUCAUUGUAU